UCCCAUAUACUAUAUCUAAUGGUACAUAUCAACCCAAAGGAUAUGUUUGAAGUCAACCAGACAAAAGUUACAGAAUUCAUAUUCUUGGGAUUUCAGAAUCUUCAGACUGUUAAUAUUGGACUGUUUGUUCUAUUCCUUACAAUUUACAUCUUGACGUUAGCUGGGAACCUGCUAAUUGUUUUAUUGGUGGCCAAGGUUCCAUGUCUGCAAUCUCCCAUGUAUUUCUUCCUGAGCAACUUAUCAUUGUCCGAUAUCUUGCUCACUACAAAUGUAGUUCCCAACCUGCUCCACGGUAUAAUUAUUGGAGGAAGCUCAAUAUCCAUCACUGGCUGCCUCACUCAACUUUACUUUUAUGGUGUUUCUGCAGCUGGAGAAUGUCUUCUUCUCACUGUGAUGUCCUAUGAUCGAUAUUUAGCCAUCUGUGAUCCACUACAUUACAUCACUAUCAUGGAUCUCAGGCUACGUGUCCAACUUGCUCUUUGGUCUUGGCUUCUAGCAUGUAUAGUAAUGAUAUUUAUUGUUUUUCUAAUAUGUAAUUUACAGUUCUGUGGUCCCCAUUUAAUUGACCAUUAUUUCUGUGAUAUUGCACCUAUUCUAGACUUGACUUGUUCAGAUCACCAAAUUGUUGACUUUUCAUACUUUAUUUUAACAAUACUUUUUGCUCUUAUUCCAUUUUCCUUUAUUCUCUUCACUUAUAUCUCUAUUUUUAUCACUGUAUCUCAAAUUUCUUCCAGCAGUGGGAAACAGAAAUCCUUCUCCACCUGCAGCUCUCACUUGAUGGUAGUGAGUACGUACUAUGGGACUCUAAUUACUAUUUACCUGGUUCCAUCCAAGGGGCGGUCAUAUAAUGUCAAUAAAGUUAUAUCCCUUUUAUACACCAUGGGAACUCCAUUCUGCAACCCAAUUAUAUACAGUCUUAGAAAUCAGGAGAUAAAAACAGCUGUAAAAUAUAUAUGUAAUAUCAAAAAUUAA